UUUAAUUUCCUUCCCAUUAAAAAUUGUCUUUGCUUUACGACUACAGAUUCCUUUCAAAACUUUUUUUAUUUCUGUGAAUCAUUUUGAAGAGUACUGUCCCAUCGCGAGGUAGCGGUACCUAUUCGACGCGCACAAUGUUUGUUUACACCGAGCACGAACAGUACACAUGGAACACAGUGGAGGUCUUCGUUGACGGCCUGCUGCAGCUGGGCAAAGUCAUCAACGUGGCGGAGAACGGCCUGAUCAUCGAUUUCGGUUGCACUGGCCUGCACUCGGAAUUUGUUGAAUACGGUCGCGUCUUUCAUUCGGGUGUGCUGUGGACGUGGUGGGCAGCCAUGGAUCGUUUGGUCCGUGGCUUGAAGGGGAUCGAUUUGGAUGUAAACAAGGACCCCACUGUGCAGGUCCUCCUGCGAGCUGGCCCUGAUUGCCCUUGGAUAUGGUACCCCGGGAGGGCAUGGUCCCUUGGAAAGGAACCCCCUUUUGCCAAUGCCUUCAUCGUGGAGGCGCAGCUGCCGUACGGCGCUGUCAAAGUUCUGUUGCCCACGGAACAGGUGCGCCGGCCGCCCACCGACGCCGAACUCUCUCGGCAUCGGGCCCAUUUUGUUAUCCGCAGCUGUCCUUUGCCGCCCUGCGCAACCGGGCUUCCAGUGCCCUUCGAGAUUUUGACGGCAACGCUGUUUCAGGAGCGAGAAGUACUUUGCAUCAAAGUGCUCAAUGAGACCCUGCAGUACCUGCAGCUUGGCUUCCACACUGCGUUGCAACCGGAUAAAUUGAGCGAGGUGUACGCGAGAUUGAAACUGCAGCGCAAUUUAAACGGCGGCAUCUCAGCACACCUGUUCGUUCGAACGGCAGCCAUGAGACUGGAUCCGAAAUGCACGGAGAGUGUCAGUUGUGAACUCCCAUUCUUACCCAUUCUGUUGGUGGAAGUCCUCCAGUCGUUGGAUAGCAUCAACCGCACACGCUGCCUGCGUGUCUGCGCUCUGUGGAAUGGGAUUCUAACCACAGACGCCUCCUUCCGCGAUGUGUGGGUCUCCGGCCGCCGCGAGGAAAGCCUGUCGCCUGGCAUGUCGCCCUUGUUCUGGGCGGUCACGUGUCUUCUCCAUUGCGUCAACCGUCAAACCAAGAUCGUCGUUCUGAUGCACAUGGAGCUGAGCGAUUGCGACGCUGCGGCCACCAUGGUUCGAUAUAUAAUCGGCAGCGGUAACCGCGUCGGAACGCUGCUGUUUGGUCGCUGCUCGCUGGAGCACCACGAUAACUGGCGCAUAACGGAGACCCUGAAGUGCUUGGCGCGAAUAUGCGGUAUAGCGGAGCGUGUGUGCUGGACACGGUGCCGUGUUAAGGAAUCGCGCUUGACUGCCGUCGUACCGCGGUACUCCAUCAUCUGUCAGACAGACCAGCAGCUGGAAAUGCAGCUGUGGGAUCUCUUCGAGAAGAAUCUUGUGGAGCAACCGGUCCGUUUAGCGCUCCUGUCGCAGUGGAUGGCCCAGGCGGUUGCUGAGGAGCGCUACUACGCACUGGGACCGAGUCUCUGCCACUAUCAGAGCGUCGAUCCGCGUUCCUCAACGCACUAUCGUGGCUGCCAGUGGACAGCGUCUGACCUGCGCAAUAUGGAUACGAACAAACUGACCAAAAUCACCGCAGCGGUUUUGUGCAGGAGGCUGGAAGUUGAGCCGUGGCUGUCCCCUCCUGCCGAUAAUUGACCGUCAGC